AAAAGUGCAGAAAGUGCACUUAGAAUUACGAAUUUGUAACACCUUCAAUAUAUGCCGGAGAUCCCGGGAGAAAAAUUAAAGAUGGCGGAUGACGAUGUAAAUGGAGAUUGCGAUGAUGUGCAGCAAGAGAAAUCUCAGAAAAAAGCGGCCAAGUAUGAUAGCGGCGCGGCAGAUUUGGAGAAGGUGACAGAUUAUGCCGAAGAGAAGGAAAUUUCAUCUUCCGAUGGGUUUUCAUGCGCAUUGAGUAUAAUCGGUGACCGGCGGAAUAAAGAAGCCGCAGAGAAGAAAGCCAAGGAGAAGGAACUGCUCAAAGUAUCUAUCAAAAAAGAAGAUGUCGACUUAAUUAUGAAAGAGAUGGAAAUCAAUCGAAACUUGGCAGAACAGACUCUCAGAGAACAUAGAGGAGAUAUUGUAGAAGCAUUAAUUACAUUAACUAAUUGAUAUUGUACAGGACUGUGAGUGAUCUCUUGCGACCGCAACUCCAUAAAUUCCAUUGUAAAUUACACAUUAGUCCGGGAGUUGUUAAGACUUUGGUUUAUUAAUAUUUAUUAAUAAGUAUCAUCAAACAUAUACAAAUG